AUGGAAAGGCUGUGUUUGAUUGUCUUCCUAUCUCUGCCAAUAAUUCAACUUUCCCAUCAAGAAGCUCAAUUCUUCGAGACUCUAACUGCCGGGAAGAGGUUCUUCAAAGGAGGAGGAAAUGGCAAUGGAUACGGAGGAGGAGGCGGGGGUGGGGGUGGCGGUAAAGGCUUUGGGGGUGGGGGAGGAGGAGGAUCAUCAUCUUACGGCGCACCCAGUUCAUCCUAUGGAGGAGGAGGAGGAGGAGGGGGUGGCCAACGCCCCAGUUAUAAUCCUCCAAAUAAGAAGCCUAGUUAUCAAGGAGGUGGAGGUGGCAAGAGCAAAGGGGUGAAACUAAAGACAAUCGAGAUCCCUGUGCUCGACCUGAACCUUCCCGAUCCCAUUGAGUUUAAGGCAGGAGUCCUAAGAUCUAAAGGCAGAAUCGCCUCCGGUCUCCUCCAUGCCAAGGCUGGACUUCUCCGAGCUGGCGCCAAAAUCCUAGCUCAGAAAGCUAAUGCUCUGGACAAAGCAGCGCAAGCUAUUCCGGCCAUAAAGGCCAAAGUUAUCAACGGUUUGAAGAGCUUGGGCAAAGGCAAAGGAGGAGGAGGCUAUGGGAAAGGAGGAGGCGGAGGAGGAGGAGGAGGAGGGGGCUCUGGUUAUGGGGCUCCUCAAUCUGGAUACGGUGCACCACAACAAGGAAAUUCAGGCUAUGGAGGCAAUCAAGGUGGCAACUCCGGUCAUGGUGGCAACUCAGGACAUGGUGGCAAUCAAGGUGGUAACUCUGGAUACGGUGGCAAUCAAGGAGGGGGGUCUGGGUUUGGAAGUCAGCAUGGCAAUGGGGGUGGAGGGGGCGGUAACGGAUAUGGAGCCCCGCAAACCAAUUCAGGAUAUGGUGCGCCUCAAGGACCUGCUAUUAGUUCAGGAUACGGGGCUCCCCAAGCUCCUGCCAUUGGAUCUGGUUAUGGAGCCCCACAAGGUCCAGUGAUAAAUUCAGGAUAUGGUGCCCCUCAAGGUCAACCACUUGGAGGAGGAGGCGGGGGCGAUAGUUACGGAGCUCCUCAAGGCCAACCUUUAGGCGGGGGAGGUACCGGAUAUAAUGCCCCACAACAACAGCAACAAAACAACUUUAAUAAUAUCAACAACAAUAAUAAUAAUAACAACAACUUUGCCACUGGUGGAAACGCUUAUCAAGGAGGAGGAAGUGGAUCCUUUGGAGGGGGUUCUUUUGGGGGUGGAUUUGGUGGCUCAAAUAUCAACAACGACUUUCAAUCUUCACCACCUGAUGCUUAUGGGUCUCCACAAGCUAGCAUCCUAAAUGGAGGAGGAGGAGGAGGAAAUUCAAAUAAUGCAUUUAACGUGGGGUCAUCCUACUCCACUGGGAAUAACAAUGCCUUCCAGAAUACGUUCAACACGGGAAGUACAGCCCAAAGUACUUUUAAUACUGGCUCUACAGCACAAAACACAUACAACACGGGUAACUCGCUCCAGAGCACAUUCAAUAAUGGAAACAGUGGUUUUGUGAAUGGUGGAAACAAUGGUUUUACUAGUGGUGGAAAUCAAGAUAUCAUUACAAGUGCCAACGGACUUUCCAACGGAGACCAGGAUUCGUAUGGCAUUCCUCAAGGGAAUGUCGCAGUGGGUGGUAAUAACUUCAACACAGGGAGCACAAACCCGUUACUGUCAUCUAACUCCAAUACCGGAGGAACAAACUUUCUCACCGGAAACAGCCUUGGUGCAAACUACAAUCCGGGCCAGACCAACAGUGGCACCAAUCUAGUGGCCUCAAAUAACAAUGCCAACUCCUUCAGCAAUAAUGGUGUCGGCAGCAGCAACUCCUUCGGCAGUAAUAGUGGAGGAGGUAGUGUUUCAAAUAAUAUCGACAAUGGCCUAUCCAAUGCCGGUAAUACCAUUCUGAACAACGUGAACAGCGGCGUGAAUACAGUGAGCGAUUCUGUCUCCAACCUGGCCGGUGCAAUCAACCCCUUCUCGGAGAGGUUAAUCAUUGAGGAAUCCAGACAACAACAGUCGUCGGGUUUGGAUGGGUGUCGAAGUGAUUCAGCUUUGAAAAAUCUACUGGAGGACAUCUUUAUGGGGAACGAAGUGAUUCCUGACGUCAUUGACAAAGCCCCAUUGUAUCCUUUGGAUCUCACGUACAAAACGAUUCGAACUUUCCCGGGCAUGAAACUCACAGCGGAGGACACGCGAUUCAAGCCCAUGUUGAAUUGGCCGGCCGAGCCCGAUGCUUACUAUACCGUUGUCAUGUCCAAUUUAGACAUCAACAACCGUAAGAACAGAACCCUAUCCGAGUUUUGGCAUUGGUUUGUGGCUAACGUUCCCGGAGAUUCCGUGGAUGAUGGCAACGUCAUUUUCGACCUUCUAUUCCCUCUUGUUCUGCCAGAAGGAGACGGUAACCACAGAUUCGGUUAUUUUGUAUUCAAACAGCCUAGGCGCUUGAAUUACUCGGCAGAGGGUGGCCCAACUGAUUCAUGCAGUGAAAAUAUGUCAAAUGGUCGUGGUCCGUUCAGGUCCACGAAAAACUUCCAGAAAAAAUACAAUCUCGAGCUCACAGCUGCCACUUUUCUCAUCAUAGACUACAGUGAUGCCAGCAUGGAGAUUGCUUGUGAAUGGCAGAAAUGCAUCGGGGACACAAUCAAUCUGGUUAGCCCCCUCCGCUGUGGAAAUUAGGGCGAACGUUUUCCAUUGUCACAUCAAAAUCAUGGCUUUUAUAAAUCGUGUGUAGAUAGCUAGGAACAUGAUCAUCAAAUUGGUGGUUUGUACAACUUGCCAUAUUGGCCAGUGCCAAAAUAUGUCUUAUUUCAAUUGUUUCGUUGACUGAAAUAAAUUUCUUAUUUUACCUUGUA